AUGAAGUACCUCGCUGCUUACCUUUUGUUGGUCCAGGGCGGUAACGCCAACCCCUCCGCUUCUGACAUCUCCGCUCUCUUGGAGACCGUUGGUGCUGAGGCUGAUGAGUCCAAAAUCUCCACCUUGUUGUCCGAGUUGGAUGGCAAGUCUGUCGAGGAGUUGAUCGCCGAGGGCAACACCAAGUUGGCUUCCGUGCCUUCCGCUGGCGCUGCUGCCGCUUCUGGCUCCGCUGCCGCUGCUGGCGGUGCUGACGAGGCUGCUGCUGAGGAGAAGAAGGAGGAAGAGGCCAAGGAGGAGUCUGACGACGACAUGGGCUUCGGUUUGUUCGACUAA